UUAAAAUUGACCGAAGGUUUUAUGAUUCCUCGUGUUCAUUUAAAGAUGGUACUAUCCGUGUUUAGAUGCCCACACUAAAAUGACUGUUUGUUGUUUCUAAGACUGUUCGUAAACUAUGGAUACGAGCCUAUUCAGGUGCUUUCUUGUAAUAUUCCAGGGCUGUGUGUGUAAAAUAUGGAUCGUGAAGCUGGGGAGGACCCCUCUAAAUGUGGAAGCUUGAGAGCUCUCAGCCGCUACGGUAGAUUCCUUUGUGGUCAACAGAAUCUCACACUGAAAGAUGUGUUUACAUGGCAGCUCUUCAAAACUAUUGCAAUGGGUCAAGCCUUGUCAAUGCUGAUAUGUGGGACAGCAGUCACAUGCCAGUAUCUGGCAGAUGCUGGGGUAGAGACACCAAUGCUGCAAAGCUUCCUCAAUUACACCUUGCUGCUGCUCACCUAUACUUUAGCUCUGGCCUUCAGGAAAGGGGAAAGCAAUAUUUUUCAAAUUCUAAAAACAAAGUGGUGGAAGUAUUUUCUGGUUGCUCUUACGGAUGUGGAAGCCAACUACACUGUUGUGAAGGCAUACCAGUUCACUACCCUUACAAGUAUACAGCUGUUGGACUGCUUUGUAAUCCCAGUUCUAAUGGUGCUCUCAUGGAUCUUCUUGAAGACCCACUAUAGGCCAUUGCAUUUUGUAGCUGUGGCUGUGUGCUUGCUUGGGGUUGGGGCAAUGGUGGGAGCAGAUCUUCUGGCUGGAAGAGAUCAAGGCUCAAGUAGUCAUGUAUUGUUGGGGGAUGGACUGGUGUUGGUCAGUGCUGCUCUGUAUGCUGUGUCUAAUCUCUGUCAGGAAUACACAGUGAAGAAUCUGAGCAGGGUUGAGUUCUUGGGCAUGAUGGGAUUGUUUGGCACCAUCAUCAGUGGUGUGCAGAUGGCUAUAUUUGAAUACAAAGCUAUACCUGUCAUCAUUUGGGACUGGAGAAUAUGUCUGUUCUUUGUUGCUUAUACCCUGUGCAUGUAUGGGCUGUACAGUUUCAUGCCUGUAGUGGUUAAGAUGACGAGUGCCACAGCAGUGAACCUCUCCUUGCUGACUGCCGACCUCUUCAGCCUCUUCUGUGGCAUGUUCCUUUUUCACUUUAGUUUCUCAAGCCUGUAUAUUGUGUCUUUUGUGGUGAUCACCCUUGGUUUUAUCACGUUCAACGUUGUACCGACUUACACAGCAGAUCAGUCACAUUCCACCAUUGAGGGGGCGUACCAUCUUGCUUCAUCUGGGGAUACCCAACAAGAUGAAGACGUUGCAGUGGAUUGGCUGCAGAAGGAAGGACAUUGGACAGAGUGCAGUCCCACAGAACCUUGCAAUGGACUCUGUACUCUGACAUACCAAAGCUCUACGACGUAGAUUUUCUUAUCAUUUGUUUGCCAAAGUCAGUGUUUGAUCUAUUAUUUUUAAUGGAUUCACUUUUUUUUUUUUUUUUUAUUUACACAUUUAUGCUUAAAUGUUAUUGAGUUGAAAAGAUUCUACUUGUUAUAGUCAUUUCCAGUUUUUAUAUAAUUUUUUUUUUUUUUCCCCCCACAUUAUAAUAAGGCUAAAUAAAAGACAGAAUAGUUUUGACCAUUAAA